ACUGUCAAUAUCACCAGGAGAGGCGCUAUAGAGCAGAGGCUGAACCCUGCACAACCUCCUCUGCUCCAAUGUAAAGCCUGUUCCUCUUUAAUCCAUCUGCACCUUCAUCUCUUCAUUAUCUGCAGCUUUUAUUGCUGUAGUUGUUGAACAUUUCUGUGGUGCCGCGGCCAAAAAUGUCGGAUUUUGAAGAGUUCGAGAAACAGCUGAGCGAAAACAGGCAAGAGAGAGAGAAGGAGAGGCACAGGAAAAGGAGCUGGAGUGGCUCACCAAAUCGUGGUGACAAACAUCACAGCAGAGAGAAACACAAAAGUCGUGAUCGCCGGAGCAGCUCCAGAGAUCAUAAAAAACACAGUCAUUCUCCACGGAGAACAAAAAAGAAAAAGGCAUACAAAUACUGGGAUGUUCCAGCACCAGGAUUUGAACACAUCACUCCUCUGCAAUACAAAGCUAUGCAAGCUGCUGGCCAGAUCCCCACCAUAGCUCUACUGGCUACCUCCAGUACGGCAGGAAUGGCUGUGACUCCAGCACAGGUGCCUGCUGUUGGCAGCCAGAUGACCAGACAAGCACGCCGUUUAUAUGUUGGCAACAUACCAUUUGGAGUCACCGAGGAGUCAAUGGCAGAGUUCUUUAAUACGCAGAUGAGAUUUGUUGGACUUUCCCAAACACCCAGCAACCCUGUGCUUGCAGUGCAGAUCAAUCAGGAUAAGAACUUUGCCUUCCUUGAGUUUCGAUCUGUAGAGGAAACCACACAGGCCAUGGCGUUUGAUGGAAUCAACUUUCAGGGGCAGGCACUGAAGAUCCGGCGACCUCAUGACUAUCGACCUCUGCCUGGCAUUUCUGAGCAGCCUGCUUUUCAUGUACCAGGGGUUGUAUCCACAGUUGUACCGGACUCUCCCAAUAAACUCUUCAUUGGAGGUUUGCCGAACUAUCUUAAUGACGAUCAGGUUAAGGAGCUUUUGACAUCAUUUGGACCUCUCAAAGCCUUCAACCUUGUCAAAGACAGUGCUACAUCACUGUCCAAAGGCUAUGCUUUCUGUGAAUAUGUGGAGAUUGGUGCCACUGACCAGGCAGUGGCAGGGCUGAAUGGAAUGCAACUCGGUGAUAAAAAGCUCAUCGUCCAGCGUGCCAGUGUUGGGGCAAAGAAUGCAAAUUCAUCUGUGAUCACAGAGAGUCCGGUGAGCCUGCAGGUGCCCGGUCUACAGAGGCUGCAGAACUCGUCCAAGCCCACCGCAGUGCUCUGCCUCCUCAACAUGGUGCUCCCCGAAGAGCUGCUUGAUGAUGAUGACUAUGAAGAGAUCCUGGAGGACGUCAGGGAGGAGUGCUGUAAAUACGGCAGCGUGUGCUCCAUCGAGAUCCCUCGACCUGUCCAUGGAGUGGAAGUGCCUGGCUGUGGGAAGAUAUUUGUGGAGUACGGAUCAGCAACAGACUGUCAGAAGGCCAUGCAGGCUCUGACCGGACGAAAGUUUGCUAAUCGUGUCGUAGUCACCAAGUACUACGAUCCGGACUUGUACCACAGACGUGAAUUCUGAAAGAUUCCAGGAGGAUAGUUUCUGAGAAACAGGAUGGAGGAGACAAUGUUUUUCUUUAACACAUUUUUAUGUACAAAAUUGAUUACGUACACUGAGUUUAACUGUGUGUAAAUUUUUGAGCAACAUUACAACAUAAAUAACUAAAUAAAAAAAUGUCCAUCAUUUAAUAAGAUGACAUGUAUUAGAGUGUAUUACAGAAAUCUAGCUGGCUUUUAUAUCUAAAAACUAAUUUUAUUCACCAAUAGACAAAUAAUGAAAUGGUUAACUUAUGUGUAUAGCUUCACGCUCAAGCUUACUCUGUUAUCCGGGCCCGUAUUCAUCAAGCCUUUCAGAAUCACUCUAAAAGGAGUGUUUAUUGUGAAGAAAUAAAUGUGGGAAUGAUGUGAGAUGAUGUAUGUGCUAACCGUAUUUAAUUGUUCUAUACUGAUGGUACCAGAUCAGCACUGCUGCAUCUUCUGUCAUCCUUAAAAUCCUUAAAAUGUGUCAGAAAUUUUAAGCUCUACUGACCAUCCAAGAUCUGUUAAACCAGCUUUAACCUAUUCAUUAACCACAUUUAGGCAGUCUGGAACAUUUCUCUGUUUCUGAAAGUUAUCUCAGACUUAAGAGAUCACCCACAUUAGUAAUCUUGAUGGACAUUUUAUUCUAAGAAGGAGUUACUAAUUUUCAAGUAGUUGUGAGAUGCUUGAUGAAUAAAGGCUUGAAUAUCUACCUUAUGUUUUAUUGUCGAUUAAAACCAUGUAUGAUUCUUUUGUAUAAGUGAAAAUGACACUGUUAUCCCAAGGAAUAUGUAAGAUAAAUCAUAUACCUUAUAUUUAUGGUAAGGCAAAAGGAAGUGUGUUCAUAUGUGGAUUUAAAAUCUACUAACAGUGUAAAUACUGUACUACAGGAUGAUUCACAAGUAUAUGUGUUUGUGUGAGAAACAAUAAUUGUAUUUAUACUCUCUAACUGUAUUUAUUAUGUAUUUUACCCCUCGUGUUUAAAUCAGAUUCCAGAUUUGUUGUGCUUUUAUGAGGUUAUGGAUCUGGAUUUGAGCUGGUUGAAGUAAACACUAAUGUUUUACAGAAGUUUUAGAACUACUAGGAGCUGCAACAGAGAAAACCCAGCAAUCUCAAUUAUUCAAGUCACGUUCAUGCUAUCCAUAAUGUUUGAGCUCGUUUGACACAUUCACACCAAUUAGAUUACACAAAUAAAAUGAAAUCUACAAACGUUAAUCAGGUUACAACAAAACAGUUCCAAACUUAAACAAUGCAUAGUUUUGUUAAGUAGCCUGGCAAGUGGCUGUAAUAAAAGUUUGUAUUCUGCAAUAUAUCAGUCUUCUAAUUUAAUUAAUAAAUUAGAUGUUG